UUUCUCUAUGGGACAUGGGCACAUCACAAUUUAUUAGAAGUGUCAUGGAGAUUUAAUUACACUGAAUUGGUAAUAGCGGCCAUUUCUGAACCCUCUGUGUUUGAUGACUCGUUGCUUUGAUUCUAUGCGUUAAACUAUGUUAUUGAUUCUAUUCUACCACAUAAUUGAUAGCGGUGGUCGGUUUAAGGUAUGCGUUAUCAACACUUGCGUUGCCAGUCGCCAAUUUCCAUUCUGACCAAAGCCCUGCUUUAACCCUAAUGCUUUCCAGAAUGGUUCGCUGUCGUACACGUACGCGCGUACGUCGUGUUGAGCACAUACACACACAGUCCUGCUCGCGCUUCAGUCUGCCUCCUUGGCGGCUGUGAGGCUAGGCUAUUUGGCCGUGGCUUAUGCGCUCAACGCUGCUAACUGUCCCAGCAGCACCUGAUGAUCAGUUUCUGGUCAACCGGGCAUUUCAUCGCCUCUUCGCAAUUUAUCACAUUGCUCGUGCAACGAAUAAGUCCCGCUCGUGGCAACUUUCUCCCUCUCCCCAGGAAGUCUAACGCUAUGCACAGACGGUGUGUCAUUGAGUCAUUCACACUUUGUUUAUGUGUGUUGGCAAUAUAUAUCAUUGCAUCCCUGUUAGUUUUGUUAGCGCUUGUUUGACAGAAAUGCGUUUGAGCAUCAGUGCGUAGCCUAUACGUGAAACGUUAGGGAGCAAUACCUUAUACUGAGUGGGUAGGUCCACCUCACAGAUUACUCAACAACAGCAGGAGGUUAAACAAAGAAAUGACCAUCUUAUCGUAAUGCGCCAACCUUGAGGUACCUUGUCCUUUUUUAAGGGGGUGCAUAUAGAUAGGAUGGUUUCAAUCGGUGCAGCAUACAAGGUUCUCCUAUAGACUAUAGCCUACAUUAAUUUGGCCGACGUCUCUCUCUCUCUCUCUCUCUCUCUCUCUCUCGCUUUCUCGGUAUUGGUCUGUGUGUUGAUGUGAAUUGCUUCCACCUCUCCUGUGUACCACCCCUCGUGUUCAGCGACAGAAGCUUAGCAACGUACAAAGAAGGUUUUCGACAAGAUAGCAAAGGAGGACUACCAAGGCACGUGCCAUAUGUCAGAAAUACAAUAGAAAAUACAUAUAUAUGCGAGUUGAUUUUUAUCAAGGCUACUUUGACUCUUUUAUUCACAUUUAUUAGAAUUGUCAAGGGAGAAGGGCUUACGCUCAACGUCCACGUUCUCUAAUUAUUGGGAACGGGUGACAGAUUUACGAUGGGUUCGGUGAGGUCUAACGGUAUUUAAUUAAAAAAAUAUAUUAUUCGUUAAAGCUUCAUCUAAAUUGAAGAUCAUUUUCUCCGAUAUUGUUCUACCACACCGCCACCCUGAAGUUCCUUGUUGUUGUCUUGGCCGCCGGGAUGCUGGCCUUUCUCGGCGCGGUCAUCUGCAUCAUCGCCGCGGUCCAUCCCGGAUCCACUGCUGCUGCACCCCAGCCACUAUCUGGAAACCUGUCUCUGUCAGCGGACUCUGUUUUGCAACCCCUAUCGCCGGGUUCAAUGGCUCAAGCCGGUCCUCUGAGCGCUCUCCACGGUGCUGAAUCGACCGGAGGCGGAGUAAAUGGUCUCGGGGCUUCGACAUUUAACGGUAUAAGCAGCUCGGCAGCAGUGGGAGUUGGAAGCGGACAACAGUUUAGUUUUAACCGACUCAUUUGCACCCCUAUUCCUGCCGGGGAGUGCAAACCGAAGCACAAUCAGCAACAGGCCGACGAUCCGUCAGCGUUUGCCGGAGAGGACUGGGGUUACCUCCGCACCAUGGCUGAGGAGCUCCGACAAACCGUCGUGCAGCAGAAAGACCAGAUCCUGGGCGAUCAGCGAACCAUCCAUGAGCUCACGGGCAAGUUGUCAGAGUGUGAGAGCGGUCUGGAAGACCGAGGCAUGUCAGAGAGAAGUGCAGGACUUUGGGAUGGUGGCAAGGGACACCUUAUGGUCAGGGACGACACCCCGAAUCCCGCCGCGAUGCAGCCGCACACCGCUCGCGCCCUAGAGGAGCUGGAGCGUGCCAUCAUUCAGCUGAAAGACCGUAUCGAGAAACUGGAGUCAGACAUAGGCCCCUCCAUGGCUAACCGCACUGGGGCGGGUCAGAAGGGCCCGGGGGCGCUGGGCGAGGCGGUGCGGUGGCGGGUGGAGGACCUGGAGACGGAGCUGGAGCAGAAGAUGAAGCUGCUGGAGAGGCAGAGGGCUGCGCUGCACAAGGAGACGCACAACCACCGGGAGGAGAUGGACCAGGGGCUGGACUCCCUGCACCACCGCAUCCUCAGCCUGGAGCAGGGUCUGUCACAGCAUCACUACCCUGAAGGAUACAAGCUGUCCUUCCCUUUGAGGACCAACUACAUGUAUGGGCUGGUUCGACACCCCAUUCCUGAAAUGCACGCCCUGACGGCCUGCUUGUGGCUACGGGCCAAGGAGGGGGGCAUUGGUACGCCCUUCUCCUACUCCGUCCCGGGACAGCCUAACGAACUUGUGUUUCUGCAGGGCGCGCGUAAACCAGUGGAGCUGCUCAUUAACGACAAGGUGGCGCAGCUUCCCCUGUCCCUGCCACUGGGCAGUUGGCAGCAUGUGUGCGUGAGCUGGACCCUGCGGGACGGGGUGUGGCAGGCCUACCAGGGGGGCAAGCUGAAGGGCGAGGGAGAGGGCCUGGCUGCCUGGCACCCCAUCCGGCCAGGAGGCGUGCUCGUCCUGGGACAGGAGCAGGAUGCGGUGGGGGGGCGUUUUGAUGCCUCCCAGGCGCUGGUGGGAGAGCUGUCCCAGUUUAACCUGUGGGACCGGGUGCUGACGCCCAGCGAGAUCUCGAGCCUGGCGGACUGCAGCCAGGUUUCCGUGGGCAACGUGGUGCCCUGGACGGACGAGGACAUCGACGUGUUCGGGGGGGCCACCAAAGAGCCGCUGGAGCCGUGCCCCCUGCGCGUGGGCACCCAGCAGUGAGGGGGCGGGAAGGGGGCUGCCGGAGGCGGACAAUGUGAUGGAGCGUGUUUUUAAAGUGAGGGACAUCUGUCAGCAAAGGGGCGACAGAUUGGCUAUGUUAUUGUAUUAAAACAGUGCUUUUGGUUUUUAUUAUUCAUUUUUUUUCCAAGAGUAUCUUUUUGGGCAGUUCUGCUGGACAGCAGACGGCCCUUGUCCCUGGGCUGGGCUGGGCUGGGCUGUUUGUGGGCGUGUGGAGUUUGUGGCUCUCUGUUCCCCCACAACGUGUGGCAGAGCUUGGUGUUGUACAUCCCACAAAUUGUGUCCUGUUCUAAGAGGUGAUUUUCUUGUUGGAAUUUGUGAUAUUUCAGCAACAUGAGGAACACAAUUCUGUGAAGUGUUUUUAUUUACAUAAUUUUUGCAUAAAGUAUUUAUUUUUUGCACUCACACGCAUACACUCCAUAUUCAUUAUAAAUGGUGAACAUUUUCACAUUUUACAUGGACAUUAAAUCACAAGCUGAACUUCACACUGUAAAUUCCCUUUCAGUGCACUUACAGGCAGCCUCCGAAUUUUCCUCACUUGCAGUCGUUCAAAAAUUAUGAAAAUAACAUAAAUAUAUAACAUCCCUGUGGGCUAGCCGAGUCUUUUUGCCCUCAAAGCAUUACUCUGAUGCCCUGGAAACCCUGUAACCUGAAUCUGACUCUCAUCCUCUACUACCAAGGCAAGCCGGAAAAAAUGCAGGAACAACAUUCCAGCAACAUUGUUAGAACAUUACUACAUUUGUGGCCUGGGCCUCUGCUCUCUCGCAGUCAGUCUCUCGCUCUCUCGUGGUCAGUCUCCUCCUCUCCUGCGGUCAGUCUUCCCCUCUCUCGUGAUCAGUCUCCCCCUCUCUUGCAGUCAGUCUCCCCCUCUCUCACGGUCAGUCUCCUCUCUCGUGGUCAGUCUCCUCCUCUCUCACGGUCAGUC